AGGGAGGGAAGGAGGGAGGAGACUGCCGCUUAGGCUGUGGCAGCCACCGCGCGCUUCGGCAGGCCGAAGGGAGGGGGAGGCCUGUCAGUCUCGCGCGUUGCCUGGGCGAAGGGGGCGGAGCCUUGGCGUGGGGCGGCCAAUAGUGGGGGUGGCUGCGUGGGUCGCCAUGGGGACGGGGCUGUUCCCGGGGAGGCUGUGAUGGGUUGACAGGUGCGUGACAGUGGGAGCUGCUCUCGGCACAAGCAUGUACGGCAAAGGCAAGAGUAACAGCAGCGCCGUCCCGUCCGACAGCCAGGCCCGGGAGAAGUUAGCCCUCUACGUAUAUGAGUAUCUGCUCCAUGUAGGAGCUCAGAAGUCAGCCCAAACAUUUUUAUCAGAGAUAAGAUGGGAAAAAAACAUCACAUUGGGGGAACCACCAGGAUUCUUACAUUCUUGGUGGUGUGUCUUUUGGGAUCUCUACUGUGCAGCUCCAGAAAGACGGGAAACAUGUGAACAUUCAAGUGAAGCAAAAGCCUUCCAUGAUUAUAGUGCUGCAGCAGCUCCCAGUCCAGUGCUAGGAAACAUUCCCCCAGGAGAUGGCAUGCCAGUAGGUCCUGUACCACCAGGGUUCUUUCAGCCUUUUAUGUCACCUCGAUAUCCUGGAGGUCCAAGGCCCCCACUGAGGAUACCUAACCAGGCACUUGGAGGUGUCCCAGGAAGUCAGCCAUUACUUCCCAGUGGAAUGGACCCAACUCGACAACAAGGACAUCCAAAUAUGGGUGGGCCAAUGCAGAGAAUGACUCCUCCAAGAGGAAUGGUGCCCUUAGGACCACAGUCUGACCCUUGGUUAUCAUUACAGAACUAUGGAGGUGCAAUGAGACCCCCACUGAAUGCUUUAGGUGGCCCCGGAAUGCCUGGAAUGAACAUGGGUCCAGCUGGUGGUAGACCUUGGCCAAAUCCAACAAAUGCCAAUUCAAUACCAUACUCCUCAGCAUCUCCUGGGAACUAUGUAGGUCCUCCAGGAGGUGGAGGGCCACCAGGAACACCCAUCAUGCCUAGUCCAGCAGAUUCAACCAACUCUGGAGACAACAUGUAUACUUUAAUGAAUGCAGUACCUCCGGGACCUAACAGGCCUAAUUUUCCAAUGGGCCCUGGGUCAGAUGGUCCCAUGGGUGGAUUAGGAGGAAUGGAGUCACAUCACAUGAAUGGCUCAUUAGGCUCAGGAGACAUGGACAGUAUUUCCAAGAAUUCUCCCAAUAAUAUGAGCCUGAGUAAUCAACGGGCACCCCGAGGAUGAUGGCGAAAUGGGGGAAAUUUCUUAAAUCCUUUUCAGAGUGAGAGUGUAAUAUUCCUUUGACUACAUAUUAUAUCCAGAUUUAUUUCUGAAGCUCUCCUUUAGAAUAAACACAUAAAGCCAUUAUGACUGUAAGCUAAAUAGAGUUCAAUAGGUUGGUCUUUUAAAACUUCGAAAAUUAAGUGGCAUUUCUUUGAAACAUUUAAAAAAUAAAAAUUUUACUAUGUACUAUUUAUCAAGACAAAAACUAUAAUACUGGUUUUCCGGAGAGAACAUCCACUGUAAAGAAACUACUAGAAACAGUUGGCAUAUUUGAUAGCUUUAUACAUUUUCACAUUACUGAAAUGUCUUGGAUCACUGCAAAACCACAUCUAUUCUCAGCACUGUCUUUAAGACUCUGAAAAUUAUCUCUAAGAUACCUAUACGUCACACACUAGACUUUUCCUGCCGUUAUAUUAUUUACAUUUAACCCGAACUGGAUACCCUAGUCAUCUUUCAAGGGUGAUUGUAAUAUUAAGAGAAAGACAGUAUCAUUCCUGUCUCCAUAGAACUGUGGACCGGAUCCAGCCAAGAAGCAAUAUAAUUCAUUCACUCAUUUUCUGAGCACUUAGCACAGGAUAAAGCCAUGUGCUAGGCAUUAGAGGGACCAAAUGAACCAUAUGACAUCCUUUGCAAGGGCUUAUGAGUCAUAACUAAUAUUUCACAUUAGAAGCAUCACUAGAAUUUUUUUAAAUUCAUUCCCAGAACCCCUCUAACCCAUGAGUGAGAGUUUCCUGGAGUGGGGCUGGGCGUACUCACAUGUGAAAAAGCUUCAUCAGUGAUGCUGAUGGACAUUCUCUGCUAAGAACCACUCAGCUGGAAUAAAAGGCUUCAAACCCAAACUAGUUUCAUAUAAUAGACAUACCUCAAAAGAUGUAUUGCUCUCAUUCAAAUUUAUUAUGGAAGAUCUACCAAACUAUAAAGAGAAUCAGAAGAGAAAACUACCUUCGCUUUGCCCCUAACAGCCUUUACCAGAGACGAUACCAUCACAGUCAGUGGCUAGUACGUAUGCAGAGAAUGGCUGCCUCCCCAGAUGGAGCCCAAGAUGACUGUUCUGUGGUUCUUUUACUUCUCAGUAUUGACCUAGAUGGGACAAGACUUCCCCUGCUUUAGACUUUACUUCUGUUAAAGCUAGACAUAAAAUUAUGCUGAUCUUUAGUUUGUCUUUAUUUGCAUGAUACAUUAUGGUUAGUAAGGACAAAGAAGGUAACAUAAACAUUUGUUUAAAAAAAAAAAUCAGGAGUUCCCGUCGUG